UCAUUAGGCUGACUAAAGAGCUUGCUUUAGACUAUCCUACCUGACUCUGAAUAUGUCUGGGGCUUCUCGAGGCAAUGGCUCAAACAAACGAAUCGUGAUUACGAAAGAUGACUGGCAAGAAACAUUGGCCGGGAUUCAUGUUGACAAAGAUGAUUUGAAUCGAUUAGUCAUGGACUAUCUUGUGAUAGAAGGUUUCAAAGACGCAGCCCAAAAUUUUGCUAGAGAAUCGGGUCUAACUCCAAGCAUUGAUUUGGAAUCCAUCGAGUAUCGCAUGGGUAUUAAAAAUGCAAUUCAACGUGGAGAUGUGGAAGAAGCCAUUGCGAAAGUAAACGAUUUAAAUCCAGAGAUCCUCGAUCAUAAUCCCGGCCUGUUCUUUCACUUGCAGCAACAGCGUAUGAUAGAAUACAUCAGACGGGGUCAGAUUGCCGAAGCUCUCAGUUUCGCUCAACAAGAACUUGCUCCACGUGGCGAGGAAAAUCCAGUAUUUCUCGCCGAAUUGGAAAGGACGAUGGCGUUAUUAGCAUUCGACACCGGUAUUCGAGGGACCGACAAUCCUGAGUCUGCCAAUGUGAUCCCUUCACACAUCCAAGAGCUACUACUGCCAUCUCAGCGCCAACGUACGGCUGGUCAAUUGAAUUCUGCCAUUCUCACAUCUCAAUCUCAUGGCAAAGAUCCGAAACUUCCCAACCUUUUACGUAUGAUGGCUUGGGGAGAAACGCUUCUAGAGUCUCGCGCUGAUUUUCCCAAGUUAGACAUCGCACAAUUAUUAGCCCAAACUGACGGUGGCCAAGAUUCGAGUUCGAUUCGCGCUUCCGAGACACCUAGUGGCACGGUAGUCUGAUUGUAAUUUUUCUCUGUAAUGCUAGUUGUACCACCUAUUUGUUGUCUUAUCUGCCAAACGAAUUCAAGCCGUCUCAGUCGAGCGAGUUUGUUCACGU